AUGAAGAUUGCCGUCUUCUCCGCCAAGCCGUACGACGAGAAGUACCUCACGGCCGCCAAACCCCCAGGGCUCGACAUUGUCUUCCACGAUGUCUCCUUGACCCCAAAGACAACCUCCCUGCUGACGCCUCACGCUGGCGCCGACCCCUACACGGCUGUGUGCGUCUUCGUCAAUGACCACCUGCCGGCCUCUGUGCUGGACGACCUCCACGACGCUGGCAUCCGCGUCAUUCUCCUACGCUGUGCUGGCUUCAACAAUGUCGACCUGCCGCACGCCGAAAAGCUGGGCAUCGCCGUCGCCAACGUCCCCUCGUACUCCCCCGAGGCCGUCGCCGAGUUCGCCGUCGCGUUGCUGCAGACUCUCAAUCGCAACACGCACCGCGCCUACAACCGCGUCCGCGAGAACAACUUUGCCCUCAACGGCCUGUGCGGUCGCACCUUGCACGGCAAGACGGUCGGCCUCAUUGGCACCGGUCGCAUUGGCGUCGCCUUUGCGCGCAUCAUGAAGGGCUUCGGCUGCAAGGUCAUCGCCCACGACCCGUACCCUUCCGAGGCCUUCGAGCAGUAUGGCAAAUACGUCGACCUGCACGAGCUGCUGCCGCUGUGCGAUGUCGUCAGCCUGCAUUGCCCCCUCACCGAGCAGACGCGCCACAUUAUCAACGACGACACGCUGGGCCUCAUGAAGAAGGGCGCCCUGCUCAUCAAUACCUCGCGUGGCGGCCUCGUCAGGACGAAAUCCGUCAUCACGGCGCUCAAGGAACACAAGCUCGGCGGCCUAGCGCUCGACGUGUACGAGGGUGAGGGUGCGCUCUUCUACGAUGACCACAGCGGCGACAUUAUCGACGACGACGAGCUGAUGCGCCUCAUGACGUUCCCAAACGUCGUCAUCUGCGGCCAUCAGGCCUUCUUCACCGAGGAGGCCCUGACGGAGAUUUCCGAAUGCACGGUGCGGAACCUCGAGGACCUCGUCGCGGGGCGUGUGUGCAAGAAUGCGCUCGUGCAGCCGCGCGAGGGUGUCAAGGAGGACGAGAGGGGGCUGGUGAAGCCGUUGGCGAGGAGGGAUUCGCUGCCGGUGCGCACUGUCUGA